GGUGCACGUAAUGUUUCCAUCCCGGCGGGCAAACACGCCGACCCGCGCGAGUUAGGAGCGCCUGCAGUGUCUCCGCUAUGAUGACAACGUGCUGAUCGCGACCGCGAAACGAUGGCGCAGUCUAUCCUCGACGCUCUGACAGAUGUCUCGUUGGAUGGCUCCUCUGUGCAGUCUUUGCUGGAGUCGCAAACUCUGAUAGCUGAAGUUGAGCAAUCAGCAAUUGAUCAAGAUGAGGAAGACAUAUUUCAAUGUGGCAAGUGCAAGAGCCAGUUUACAUCACUCCAGAUGUUUGUACUCCACAAGAGGGCACAUAAAAAGUCGCAGCAGCAAACAGUGGACUUGACUCAGUUUUUAACGAACGACGAGAGUCAGGUAAUGCAUGUAGAAGAUGCCACGCAAGAUGAGUCGCAGUAUAAUUCACAGGAGACCUUUCAGCUUGGAGAACCAAUUAUUCUCGAAGAAGCUGACAUGCUAUUUAGUGUGGAUCAGGAAGCUGCCAAUUAUUUCAUGACCGACUCUACGUUCAGCGUGCCGAUUAUCUUGAAUACAGAGAGCCUGGACACUUUCGGUAACGCUGCCAUCGAGGCGACGAAAGAGGACUCGAGCGAGAUGCUGAUACUGAAAAGCGACCUCAGUUCGCAAGAGGAUACCUCAAGCCAAUCCGAACAUCCUUGUGUCUCGUUAGUCGACAACAAGCUAUCUCUGGUGGACAAUAAGACGCCUCUAGAAGACAACGAAUCUUCUCUUGAGAACAACGAGACAUCCCUUCAGGAUAAUUUACUCGAUGAAUCGGAAAAUGACAUUAAUCGAACGCAGAACUUGAAGUAUAAGUGCGGUUAUUGCAACAAGCAGUUUGCAAAAAAAUUCUAUUGGCAACAGCACGAACGUUCUCACACUGGAGAAAAGCCUUAUCAAUGCGUAGUGUGCGGUCGUGCAUUCGCGCAGAAAUCAAACGUAAAAAAACACAUGUCUUCGCACAAAGUAUGGCCUGGUACUGCCAUUCACUCGUUACCACCAGAGGCGCCUCCGGAUGGAAGCAUCGACCGCACGUACCAUUGUCAGUUCUGCAAGGAAACGUUCGACUCGUACAAAGCCCUGAAAGGUCACCUAAUCGUCUCGCAUUUGGCGCUGAAAGUAUACAAAUGUGUGCAAAGCAGCUGCAGCAUGAUGUUCUCGGAUCUGGAGGAGUUCCUGGAGCACACGCGCAGUCACAAGUGCUCGGAGUAUCGGUGCCACGUAUGCGGCGAGGUGUUCAGCACCUUGUCGGAUCUUGGCUGCCAUCAGUACGUCCACUCCGUCCAGAAGCAGAAGACUACAGAGAAGUAUUAUUGCUGCUCGACUUGCAAAUCGUCGUUCUCGAAUCUGGAGGCGUUGCAGCAUCACAUGGAGACUACCACGCACAAUUACGCGUGCCUGCACUGCGGCAAGAGCUUCCUCAUCGAAAGAUUUCUGCGCCGUCAUCUCAAGACCCACUCGGCAUCGGCGAGAUUUGCCUGCGAGGAUUGCGGCAAGGCUUUUAAAACAGAACAGUACCUGGCUAAUCAUAAGCUAAUACACAGUGAAGAGACACCUUUUACUUGUCCGCAUUGUCCAGCCAGAUUCAAACGGAAAGACCGAUUGGGCCGGCACAUGCUGAUCCAUGAUUUGACAAAGAGGCUCAAGUGCCCAUUUCGCAACUACCUGGGCUGCAUGAGCGAGUUUUCGCGGCCCGACAAGCUCAAACGGCAUUUAUUGACGCACAGCAACGUUAAACGCUUUAGUUGCAGUCACUGCAAUCGCAACUUCCAUCGGGCACAAGCUCUCAAGCAUCACGAGAUGAAGCACAACCUUAAGUGCGACAUCUGCUCCCACGCCUUUAAGACUAAGGAACAGUUGCUUACUCACAACUGCGAGCAAUUGAAUGAGACCAAGAAGCACACCAGCUCGCAGCUACCGAAAAAGGCGUCCGGAUCAUUUAAGCCAAGAAAGCCCACUCCAAAGAGACAAACGUUAUCAAAGACUGCAAUUCCGCUUGCCGACAAAGAGAAAUUAGAAAAGCUUAAAGCUGAUGAAAUAGAAAAAAAGAUUGCCUCUGAAACAUUCAGAUCUGACGAUUUCGAAGAAGAAUCCAGCAAGAAAAUUGGGAACGUUCCUCUCAUCUCGAAAAUCGAGUCGAUCGGUGAUGAAUUAAACGAGCGAUCUAACUCGCCAGUUAUGAGUUUUGAGGAUGGUUUGAAGCGCAACAUGGAAUUUUACUCGCCCUACACGAGCGAGUAGAAAUUUUGCAAUAUAUAUACAUAUAUAUUUUUGAUUCGUAUAUUUAAAUUGUACAUCAAUUAGGACGUAGACGAACCGUCGUAGCACGUGCAAUGGGAUCAUCGGCGAAAAAAGUCGCAAAUUGCAUUUUAUAUUCGCGUACGAUAUUUUGUAGUUUACAUAUCUGUGAUAAUUGUAUUAUAAAUGCUCUAUUGAUAUAAGUAACUUAUAUAUACAUUUGCGCGCACAUCGAAGAUGUUCGGUGUCGCCUAUUUCGAUCCUUCUAUGAGAAAACUCGUCGUAUAGGCACACUAGCAGUAGUUAUAACUGAUACUUCGAGUACUGUCUGUCGAACACUUUCAUUCGUUCGAAUUUUUUUAACUAUUAUAAGGGCGUACGUAUGAUAUCAGAGCUAAAUAACAAAAAUUGACAGCGCGACAUCUCUUUUUAAUUUAUUUGUUAUAAAAUAAUAAAUCUAGACCAGAAAUUA